ACACUUUGGUGCUUCAUCCACAUCACUCUCCUCUUCUCCUUCUCCUCUCCUUCCUCACAACACCAAGAGCGCCAAAUUAACCAACUCAUGCAUUGAUAACUUUUAGAAAUCAUUUCCCAGCUUCUAUUAACCAUUUGUCCACUUCUAGUUAGCUCAAUUUAUACAAUUUAGAUAUAGUGGAGAUGGCCAAGUACAGUAGUGCUGCAAGCUGGGAUCCAAACUUGCUGGUAGAGUUGCUGAUUAAUGGGGAGGAGCAGGUGAAGAAGCUGGAAGCCAAUUUGGGAGAGCAAGCUUCACCUGAAUUCUGCAGAACAUUGGCUCAAAACAUAGAGUCUACUUUCAAGAAAGCAAUUAAAAUGGUCAAGUUGCGCGACCAGGACGCCGGCCAUGUGCUGCCGCCGUUUUGCUCAAAUAACACUACUCCAAGUCUCAGCCCUGAGUCCCCCCUCUCCGCUAACGCUAGUCCCCGGAGCGAAACUUCUGAUAGAGUCUUCAAGGAUCAAGAACGCCGGGAAAUAUCCAAAAAAAGGAAGACACUGCCUAAAUGGAGCAACCAGGUGAGAGUGAACCCUGGAGCAGGGAUUGAAGCUCCACUGGAUGAUGGCCAUAGCUGGAGGAAGUAUGGACAGAAGGAUAUUCUUGGAGCCAAGCAUCCAAGAGGUUAUUACAGAUGCACGCAUAGGAAUGCUAGAGGCUGCCUUGCAACAAAGCAAGUGCAGAGAUCAGACAGUGAUCCUACAAUCUUUGAUGUGGUAUAUAGAGGGGAACACACUUGCUCCUGUGAAAAACCCCUGGGUGCUGUUGCGCAUGCUCCAGCAUCUCAGCAAACUGGUACACAACAAAGUCAAUAUGUUGCUGGUGAACAUCAAAAGCAGCAGCAGCAGCAGCAGCAGCAGCAAGAGAAUCAGCUGCUGCUCAACUUCCAGACUAAUCUCAAAGUAAAAACUGAAGGUCUAGACAUGGGGAAGCAUGAACAUGAUGUAUCCUCUUUCUCCUUCCCUUCAACUCCAAUUGGUUGCUCGCAACCCAGACACAGCUUCUUUGCCAAUCAAGCAAAUCUAGACAACCAUUUCAUGGAUAGUUUCUCGCCUACAUUCUUAUCGCCGACUACCUCCGAGUCGAACUACUUCUCAGUGUCACCGUGCAGGAUGAGCAACCUUUCUACUGGCUUUAACCAUCAUACUGCUGAGUCUGAGUUCACAGAGAUAAUCUCUUCAGUUACCUCAGCUGCUAAUUCCCCUGUUGUGGACAUGGGAUUCAUUCUAGAUGCAGGGGAGUUUGAUGCUUUUGAUCCAAGUAAUUUCUUCUGAUGAAAUAAGCAUCGGAGAUGAGCUUAUUAGAAACUAGCAAAAAGAUGCUAGCACACAACAACACUGGAAGAGAAGAGCACGCCAUUUGUAUUAAAGGCUUCCUCCAGGCUAUGUAGUUCAAUUGAGUUUUACUACCCUGCUAAUAUCAGGCAUUUUAUUCAGUUUCCACUACGGAUAGUUAGCAACUAGCUAGCUGUACUUUCCUUAGGAAAGUAUUAUUUGUAUAAUUUGUUUUAAAUCAGAUCAAUAAAAGAUGUUCAGUACUGAUAUGUGAAAACAAGCAUUUGCUUGAACU